CUAACAUGCAGCCUCCCCACCUUCUGCUUCACCUUUUCCUCUGCCUUUUGCCCUCCCUUUCCCUCAUUCCCGCCGUCAAACCGGAUCUCACCUCCGACAAGGCUUCCCUUCUCUCGCUCCGUUCUUCCCUCGCCGGCCGAACCAUCGAGCUCUGGAAUGCAAGCCACCAAACCCCCUGUUCCUGGACUGGCGUCAAAUGCCAGGGCAGCCGGGUCACUGUUCUUCGUUUGCCGGGUGCUUCCCUCUCCGGCCAAAUUCCGACCGGCAUUUUCAGGAAUUUGACCCAUCUUCGCACUUUGAGUCUCCGACUCAACGCAUUGACGGGUCAGCUUCCGUCAGAUCUUGCAGCAUGCACUAAUCUCCGCAGCCUCUACUUGCAGGGUAAUGCAUUUUCUGGCCCAAUUCCUGAGUUUUUGUUCCAAUUUCAUGACCUUGUUCGUCUUAACUUGGCUUCCAAUAACUUCUCCGGCGUCCUGUCUCCCGGUUUUGACAAACUCCGGCGGCUGAAGACUCUGUUUCUUGAGAACAAUCGCCUUACUGGCUCAUUACCGGAGCUGAAGCUGCCUAACCUCGAACAGUUCAAUGUUUCCAACAAUUUCUUUAAUGGGUCGGUUCCUCGUCGUUUCCAGUCGUUUCCCUUUACUGCUUUUAUGGGUAAUCCACUUUGUGGGCGACCCUUUGAGAAUUGCGCUCGAAAUGUCAUUGUUCCAUUGACAGUGGAUAUUGAUGUUAAUGAGAACAAGAGAAGGAAGAACUUGUCUGGGGCUGCGGUCGGAGGGAUUGUGAUGGGAUCCGUUCUGGGUUUGGUUUUGUUUUGUGUGAUUUUGAUGGUUUCUUGUCGGAGGCAGAGCGGUCGGAAAACAAGCACUCUGGACAUGACAGCCCUUGUCGAUGUACGAGGAGAGAAGGCAGUUAGUGAAGAGAAUGGGGGGUAUGAAAAUGGGUGCUCUGUGGCUGCUACGGCGGCGCUAGAGAAUAAGAAAGGGGAAGGGGAUGACAACGUUGGUGGUGCUAAAAAGUUGGUGUUUUUUGGGAAUGCUGGUGGGAGGGUGUUUGAUUUGGAGGAUCUGUUGAGGGCUUCAGCUGAAGUGUUGGGUAAGGGAACGUUUGGGACAGCUUACAAAGCU